GUGGCGCCUGGAGGAUCUGCGUGAGGAGCUUGCGAAGUUGAAGGUGGACGCGGAGCAGCGGAAGGCACAGCGCCCCGUUGUGACGCAGCCGAAAGCAGGUGAGAAAGAGAACCUCGCGGAAGAGAUCUCCGCGCAAAAGACGGCCAUCCAGGAGUGGAAGAAGCGCGUCGCCGGCUUGGAGCAGGAGGGCGCGGGGCUGCAGGUAGCCAUUGCCAGUGCGGAGCAAGUUCUCCAGCGUGGCCGCGAGCGCUUGGAUGCUGCAUGUUCGCCGUGGCAAGUGUCGGAGAGCCAAAGCGCUCACGUCUCCGCCAGCGCUGUCAAG